AUGGCACCCAUCGCAGUCUCACCAAAGGCAGCACCUGCUGUGCCUGUUGGCAAGCAGAGCAGCAAGAAGGCCCUUUCCAAGCAGAAAGAUGCUGUCCAGAUCAAGUUUGCGUCCUUUGAUGUAACCGAUCAGGUCUUCUACCGCUCGUCGGAUGCAUCUUGCUCCGCUGUCGUGAACCUCAAGCCCAUCGUUCCUGGCCACAUAUUGGUUAUCCCCACCAAGCCCUACCACAGACUGUCUGAGGCUCCGCCCGAGAUCGUCGCUUCUCUCUUCCAGACCGUACAAGAGAUCUCAAAGGGCCUCGAAAAGGUUUUUGAGGCUGAUGCAUUGACCAUCAGUGUUCAAGAUGGUGAGGCAGCUGGCCAGACUGUACCCCAUCUCCACGUCCAUAUCUUGCCGCGAAGGACGGGCGAUAUCGAGCCAAACGAUCUGGUUUACACGCACCUCGAGCAGUGGGGAUUCGAUAUCAAGAAGCUGCUGAGCAAGGAUGAGCAGCUCAAGGUGGAUGCCGAUGAGGACCGACAGCCAAGGUCAAACGAAGAGAUGCGAAAGGAGGCAAUUUUCUUGAGCUCUUUCUUCGGCGCCGACGGCAAAUUCGAUGCUACAAAGCUAAAGACAUCACAGUCCAAGGCAAGCAAACGCGUCUCAGACGCCGUGGUUCUUGGAAAGCAGAAACGUUCUCGAGUUGAUCGUCUUCCGGUCACACUGCUCAGUGGGUUCUUGGGAGCAGGCAAGACAACGCUCUUGGAGCACAUCCUCACCUCGAAGGAUCACGGUCUUCGUGUCGCUGUCGUUGUUAAUGACAUGGGUGCUCUUAACAUUGAUGCAUCGCUGCUGUCCAACCAUCGCGUCACUCAAGCAGAGGAAAAAGUGGUGCAGAUGCAGAACGGUUGCAUCUGCUGCACGCUCCGAGGUGAUCUGCUUGAAGAGGUGGCAGCGCUCGCCGAAAACCGCGAGAUUGACUACCUUCUCAUCGAGAGCACUGGUAUUUCUGAGCCCAUGCAAGUCGCUGAAACAUUCUCGGAAGAAUUUGCCGACAUGUAUUCGCAGAUGGCUGACGACCUCGAGGAGGAGAUCCGCGCUGAUCCUCAGAAGAAAGAGGAGCACGAAAAAGUGGCCAAGAUUCUCAAGCAGGGUGGUCUUCCUGCUGUAGCACGUCUCGACACGUGUGUCACCGUGGUUGACGCCGUGAAUCUGUUCAACGACUAUAACACGACCGACUUCUUGGUUGACCGACACAAGGACGACCACGAUGUUCCCGAAGAGGACGACCGUAACAUCUCGGACCUCCAAACCGACCAGCUCGAGUUUGCCAACGUGAUCCUCAUCAACAAGUGCGAUCUGGUUGGAAAGGAAGAAGUGGACCGUAUCCGUGCGUUUAUCCGACUGCUCAACCCAGAUGCCAAGAUCAUCCCGACGACCCGAAGUCGCAUCGACCUUCAAGAGAUUCUCAACACGAACCUGUUCAGCUACGAAAAGGCAGCGCUCGGAGCAGGCUGGCUCAAGAGUCUCAAUGAAGAGAUCAAGCCUGAAACCGAGGAGUACGGCAUUGGCAGCUUUGUCUAUAGGGCACGCAGGCCGUUCCACACUGCGCGCUUGUGGGAGACGAUCCGCGAAGUCUUUGUGGUCAUUCAGAGCGAGUACAUCGACGAUGGCGAGGACGAGGAUGAUGAUGAAAGCAUGGAUGCUGACGGCGAGGCUGACGAUACUGAGGACAAUGAAAUGGACGUGGAAGCAGAAGGCGAUGACGACGCUCAGCCUCAACUCAACCCUCAGGCACGAUUGGAGGCCAAAAACGCCAGUGAAACUUUCGCUCCCUUGCUUCGAUCCAAAGGUUUCAUCUGGCUCGCCACUCGACCUCUGAUGUUCGGCGAGUGGUCACAGGCAGGUAUCAUGCUUACGCUGCAAGGUGGUGCACGAUGGCGCUGCGAGUUGGACGCCGAGAUGUGGCCUCAGGACAAGGAGAUUGUGGAAGCGAUCAAGAAGGACUUCCAGGAACCUUGGGGUGACAGGAGGCAAGAGAUCGUCUUGAUUGGCAAGAGCAUGCGCGAUGGUGGCGAAGACAAGCUGCGCGCUGCGCUUGACAAGUGCCUGCUCACAGACGAUGAGAUGAAGCAGUGGGAGGACAUUAUGAAUGACCCAAGUCUAGAGACCAUCAAGGACAAAGAGCACAAGCUGCAAGACAUGUUUGAAGAUGGUUUCGAGGAUUGGCCUGACCACGAGGAUCCGGAGGCUCACGAGGGCCACAGUCACUGA